GAUCGUGAAUCCAAAAAGCGAUAUGAUAAUAUCUAUGAAAUAAUAAACUCUUUGAAUCAUGAAGAAUUAACAAACAUUCAAAACUACAUUAAUUCGAUUAAUUCUCAAAUCCAAAAUAUUAAUAUUUAUGAGAUAAUUGAUAUUUUGAACCAAGAAGAAAGGAUAAAAAUACAAGACUAUAUCGAUUCAACUAAUUCCCAGUGA